AAUCCAUUAAUUUUAGAAAUUAUCCUUCAAAGAGAGAGAAAAAGAAUUCAAAGGAUGAAAUAUCAGUGGCCGCCAGAGCCCGGUGGGUCUUGACUCUUUCUGUUCCAUCUCCAGUUAGCCGCGGCGGCGCGUGAGCGACGAACGGGAGAAGAGGGAAAUGGCGAGAAGAGAAACAGUGAAGAAGGCGGAGGACCUGGUGGAGAUGGCGAUGGGCGGGAACGACGCGUCGCACGAUCCUUCUCACGUCUGGAGAGUUCGAGACCUUGCUCUCUCUCUGGCUGAAGAAGAAGGCCUCUCUUCCAGCAUCGACUCCAUGGAAAUCGUCGAACUUGCUGCGCUCCUUCAUGAUAUAGGAGAUUACAAGUACUUGAGAGACCCAGCUGAGGAAAAAAUUGUGGAGAAUUUUCUUGAGGAAGAGGGAAUAGAGGAGAACAAGAAACAAAGGAUAUUAGCAAUCAUAAAGGGCAUGGGCUUCAAGGAAGAGAUUGCCGGGCUUUCAAAAGCUGAAUAUUCUCCGGAGUUUGGGGUGGUUCAAGAUGCUGAUCGUCUAGAUGCAAUUGGUGCUAUUGGAAUUGCCCGAUGCUUCACUUUUGGUGGAAGCAAGAAGCGAGUGCUGCACGAUCCUGCAAUUCGUCCUCGAACGAGUUUAUCAAAACAAGAGUACAUGAACAAAGACGAGCAGACUACCGUGAACCACUUUCACGAGAAGCUAUUGAAAAUAAAGGAUUUGAUGAAAACAAAGGCUGGACAAAGGAGGGCAGAGAAAAGGCACAAAUUCAUGGAGGAAUUUCUGAAGGAAUUUUAUGAUGAAUGGGAUGGAAAAGCUUGAUUGAUAUAUUUUUUUUUUGGGUCAAGAUUUCAUCCUAAGAAAACUACAAACCGUACUCUCCAUAUUUGUCAAGAUGCAGUGUAUUCAAGCCACCCAAUUCCAAUGAUAUUAUUUGAAGAAUAUAACUAGUUUCAACCUGAACUCAUACUAGGGGCUAGGGGCGUUCAAAAAACCCGAUGCCAUGCAAAUCCRAUCAGCCUAGCCCAACCCAACCCAACCUAUACGGUUUGGAUUAGGUUAGAAAUCAUAAAUGUACCAUAAGCAUAUUGUGUUUAAAUUUAUUUGAUGAAAAUGAGAUUUGUGAAGAGCUAUUUGGAGGUUUA